GUGACAGUCCGCCCUCUCUCUUCAAACGCCAUGUUUACUGCGCGCGCGCGCACAUCAACAGCGGCAGCAAAACUAACGUACAGGUGAAACUGAGAAAUUCCAAUCAUGAGUGAAGAAAUGGAUGCAGUCAAGACAGAGGAUCUUCCUUUGGAUGAAAAUUCAAUGAAAAAAGGAAAGGAGGAUGACAAGAAGAAGAAAAAGAAGAGUCCAUCUGAUGAUACAGAGGAGGAUGAAUCAGAAGAACCGAAACAUAAAAGCAGGUCUAAACCCAAAUUGUUUGAACCUGAAAUUCUUGAAGGAAAACGGGAGAAAAAAAUCAUCCAGAGACUUGAUUUGAUGAGCAAACCGAAGGAAAAGCCAAAGAUUGAGAGCACAGGAACAGGUGCCAAACUGGGAGACAUUGUACGGAUUAAUCACUCCAUCGGAAAGCUUAAAGCGCCUCUCCUCAAACCUCUGCAUAAGAUUGUUUAUGAUCGCCCGGGAACUGCAUCAACACUGCGGAAAAAUCUCAGGCUGUUUAAUGGAUUUCCUUUUGGGGAAGAAAGUGACCUUUACAACAAAAAAAUGGAGAAGGUGAAAAGGCUUCACAAGGAACAACUCAGAACCAUUUGUCAGACUCUUGAUCUGGAGAGAUCUGGAACGCAAAUUGUUCUUUCAGAGAGGAUCAUGAAAUUUCUUGCACAUCCAACCAACUCAGGAAAGCCUAUUCUAAAGAAGAAAAAGAAGUCAACCAAAGAUGGCAAAAGAGAAAAGUCUUCAUCCAAAAGUAAGAAACAACAGAAAAAAGUAGAAAGUGGGAAGUCCAAACCUAUUGUCACUGAUUCCAGUAGUGAUGAUGAUGAUGAUGACGACGACGACAAUGCUGAAGAGCUCAAAGAGAAUAGUAAGGACACUGAGAAGUCUAUGACAGCAAAUAAAAAAAAUAAAGACAGUGGAGAUGAAUCAUCUGACAAAGAGGAAGAUAAUGAUGAUGAUAGUGAUGAUGCUCCUGAAGAGGACAGCGAGAAGGAAGAAAAAACCCCUCAGAAGAAGAAAUCUUCAACCACGAAGUCCACAAAGAAAUCUGAAAAGUCCGAACAGUCUGCAUCAGAUGAAAGUGACAGAGAUGUUCAUGAUGAAGACAAGAAUGCAAAAAAGACAAAAAAGCCUGCAGCAAAGAGGAAAGCUCCUGCUAAGCCUGUCCCUAAAACCAAGAAAGCUGACAGCAGCAGCAACCGAGGGAAAAAGAAAGCAAACAAGAUCAUGGAUGAAAGUGAAAGCUCUGAUGAUGAUGUGCCGUUGAUCAAGAUGAUUAAAAAACCACCAACUGAAGAAGAGUUGAAGGAGGCAAUCAAGGAUCUGUUGAAAGAUGCCAACUUGGAGGAAGUUACAAUGAAGCAGAUUACCCAACAAGUUUAUGAUAAGUAUCCUGACUUUGAUCUGACCAGCAGAAAGGAAUUCAUCAAGGAAACAGUUAAAGGUUUGGUAUCCUGAAGUGAAGAAAAUGCCUUAUUUAAAAGGACAAGGGUGAAGAUCGUGUAAAAACUCAAUUUUUUGUAUAGUUUUUAUUUUAUAUGAGGUUCUUAAAUUUCCAGCAAAAUCUGCUUUUUUUUUUUUUUUGCUUUUUUUUUUUGGAAAAAGUAUUUUCUAAAAUUUACAUUUUCACAUUUGACAGUAAAUGAUCUGGUUGGUUUUAGUUGUUGAAAUAUGCCACAUUUCGAAAGCGACCCUUUUUCCCUCUUAUUUUAAUGGCACAUACAUAGUCACUAUAUUGCAUUUUGACAGUCAUAUUUGAAUGUCUUGGCUAUGUCAGUAAGCCCACAAGUUACCAAGUCCUUCAGCUGCAUUACUGUUGACAUGAUGAUGGCAAGAUAUUGUAUGCAAUAUUUAGGAAGAUUUGAUUGAUUUGACUUGUUAGUGCUGAGUUUCGUUUCUGAGGUCCAAAAUGCUGGAUGAAAAAAAGAAACUAAUUUAGAAAUGAAUGUUUUGGGCCGUUAUUUUAUUUAAACAUAAUACAUUUGGCAGUGCCAGCUUCCAUUUCAGUGUUGCGCUUAACAGAGGAAUUUGGGAUUUUAAUACAAAUUUGUAAAGAGCAAAAAUAAUUGAUUUUAACUGAAUUUUUGUAAAUGCUUUAAAUGUGCAUUUAUUUCUUCAUAUAUUUUAAUACAAGUCAUAAGGAACAAACGUAUCUUUAAAUCUGAGAUGUUACUCAUACAGUACCUGCAGUUCAGUGUUCUAGAUUAGGUUCUCUGAUAAGACAUGAGAUAAGGUUGUUCUGUUGAUCUGAUCUGAUCUGACCUCAGUAGCCACUUUUAUCAGUUAUCAUCAGUUGCUCCGUUAUAAAAUGUCACAAAAACGAAGAUAUGUUUAUUUUGUAAUAAAUAGAUUUUUCAUAGAAAA